AUGUCCUACCCCUACCAACAGCAGUAUCCCUCCCAGCCCGUUCAAGGCCAACCACCAACCGGUGGGGUCCAGCCCCAGCAAUGGGGCGGACAGCAGCCGCCAGCCGCGGGCCAGUGGGGCCAGCCCGCUGCUGGAGGGCCGCCGCAGCAGUGGGGCCAGCCGCAGCCGGCAACCGGUGGUGGUCAGCCGCCCCAGCAGCAGUGGGGCGGUCAACCGCAGGGCUAUCCCGGCGGCGGUGGUGGUCAGCCCCAACAUCAGUGGGGCCAGCCGCAGCCGGCAACCGGUGGUGGUCAGCCACCCCAGCAGCCGGGCACGGGCUACCCGGGCCAGGCCGGCGCCGGCGGGCCGCCUCCGCAGGGCCAGCAGCAGCCGCCCGGGUCCUACCAGCCGCCGCCCACCCAGCCGCCCUCCAACUUCCAGGGCUGGGAGAUGCAGCAGGUGCGCCAGUGGUUCAUGAGCAUGGACAGGGACAGAAGCGGGUCGAUCAGCGCUAACGAGUUGGCCAACGUUGCCAUUGGCGGCGUGCCGAUCGGCUUCGAGACGGCCGUCAAAUUGAUCCGCGUGUUCGACGUCGACAAGAACGGCACCAUCGACUUCUACGAAUACGGCGCCCUCCACAAGGCGCUGUUCCAGCAGCAGGACAGGGACAGGAACGGACGGCUCGACGCCAACGAGAUCGGCGCGGCGCUUUCGGCCGGCGGUUUCCGAUUGGGACCCGUGGCCACCCAAUCUAUGUUCAGGAAGUACAACAAAUCCGGCUACGGCAUCUCCACCGUCGAAUUCCUCGGCCUGGUGGCUCACGUGGCGCAAGUCAAGUCGCUGUUCGAAUGGCGCGACAAGCAGAAGACCGGGCAGGUCACCCUCGACAUGGACUCGCUCCUCGAGAUCACUUCCGACUUCUAG